GUGCAAGAAGAAAAAACCGAAGAAACAUCACCGUCGGCGUUCUCGCAGAAUCAACGCCAUUUGGAAAAAAGUUUCGUUUUUCUUUCCGAAAACCCUCUUAAAAGUGUAAAUUUCCUGACGAAUCGGCUUUGCAAUCAUGUCGCGGCAUAUCACCGAGACGGAUAUCUCGCUGGAUUACUCGUCGGAACCGGAUGAGUACGAGUCGGAAUACGUGCAGGAUUUGCUCCUGGUGGCGGACCAGCACGAGAUCUACGUGGGCAACACCGGGAAGGUGAACUUCGAGAAGUACUAUUGCCUGUUCAAGCAGCAUGGCUUCAUGAAGGAUAUGACCUUUUGGCGGACGCAUAAUCAUUUGUACCAUUGCCGGGUGGUUUACCGAAGCAAGGCGGAAGCGGACAAAGCCGUGGAACAGAUGAACAACCGCAAGUUCUUUGGGAAGCGCAUCCGGGUGUGGCAUGCGUUGGAACGGGUCGAGCUGGAUUAUGCGGCCGCCAUCCGGAUCGAUGAUAUUGCACAGGACGUAACUGAGGAGGAUAUUUUCGAACAUUUCCUGACCUGUGGCGAUAUUCGUUUUGUGGUGAAGACCGGUUUUGCUGCAUACGUUCAGUUCGCACAUUCUUUCGCUGCGUCCCACGCACUUGGACUGGAAAUGAUUCUGAAUGGGGAUCCGUACACGUUGUGUAGGAUAGCGGCGGACGAUCGGAUCGACCACGCCCAGGUCAUUGAGAAUAUGAAGGACAUCAAGUACCGGAAGCCGUACGUGAUGGUGGAGAACUAUCCGGAGUUGCCGUUUGAGGACCUCGCUCGCUACAAGAGCAACUUCGAGUCGAUUGCCCCGGUGAGGCAUUUCAAGAUUGCACCCACCGGAGAUAACACGGUUACACUGGCCCUGUGUAUGGACCGGGCGGACGAUCGGGAUUUGGUGAUAGGUCGCUUUAACGGUGCAAUCAUCAGCGAUAAGAAACUAAAGGUGUACAUGGCGCCGGGUAAAGCCCGGAUGACGCCGGCCCACGUGGCCAAGUAUGCCAUUUGCAAGAACUCGAUCACGGUGGAUAACGUCCGUCCUUAUCUCAAAGACUACGACGUCAGCAUGUUGUUCCGAAGAUGUGGUUCAGUCAGCUUCCUGGAGAAGAUCGAGAACCGAUGGGUCGUCUGCUUCGAUAGCCCUUCGGCGGUUUCUCUGGCUCGCAGUUAUCAUCAGUUCAUGUUGUACAGGAAGCAGAUGAAAGUGAGUAAUUUGACGCAGGAAACUUUUCCGGCUUCGAAGAAAAUCCAACUGCGUGAUCCUGAUGCUCACAUUAAACCCCAAGAAGGAGUUUCAGAGAAGAAAAAACCCAAUGUUCCAUGGGCUUAUGGAAGCGGCGCAGAUGAUUUCCUCAAAGAUCUACUGAAAACUAUGGAUCAAAACAUCAAAAAGGAUAAAGCCAAAGCUGGUACCUCAGAGCCACCUCCUGGUGCGACAGGUCCACCACAGGCGAAACAGGCUGCUGCUCCAGCUGCCAAGCUCAAGAACCCUCUUGCGGGUCUUAAAACAACUACGGAAGCAGAAGCCGGAAAGUCGACAGCAAAUAAUGACAAGGCAACGGCGGGUCCUGCAGCUUCCUCAGCGUCAGAAAAUAAGGACGAUAAUAAUCCGUUGGUGGAAGAUUCAGAAUCCAUUCUGGGCACGAACAGUAUAUCCAUAGGCAACUUGCCCAAAGGCAUCGAGGAAAACGAUCUUCGCGAGUUGUUCCAACCUGCCAGGAUGAAGACGGUUGGAAUGUACUGCAGCAAGGAUCCCUACUAUUCGUCAUCGUCCGCGGUUGUCAGUACCGUCACGAAGGCGGACGGGAAAAAGAUCCUAGCCCAUCAUCACGACCUAUACCGCGGAAAGCGAGUCCACAUCAAGCAUACCUAUAGCGGAUUUGAGUUUUCGGCUGAAAAAAGCCUCAUGCUUAAAAAUUUGCCACCAAAUGUCUCCGAGGAGGGCAUCAUGGAAGAGGUGCAGAAAAUCUUCGGCCCAGAUUCAGUGGAAGACGUCAGCAAACCCACCCAUCACUACGCGUAUUUCGAUUUCAAGGGCGAAGUAGUGGCCCACAAGCUGAUUAAUCGGCUGCGGGGAGCGCUGACGCGUUUCAAGAUCGAUGUCUUCCAGCUGUACGCGAAGGUGCCCAAAAGGUGUUUAAACUUUCGCUCGCACGAGCGGCGGUCAUUAGAGGAAGUUCGCAACUGGUAUGGAGCACGACUGGCGAACGGCGCCCCGUCCGACGAGGAGGAUAAGGAUUUUGGCGUACACAAUGCUCACAAACUAUUCGUCGGCAAUAUUCCACGCGAUACCCUAGCAGUGGACGUCAUCGAUUAUUUUAACAAUUUUGGCACGGUCAUUGACUACUCGCCGGUGGAGAAGAAAAGCUGCUACCUGCGCAAAUCGGCCAUCAUCAGCUUCAUGAACUCGAUACACGCGCAGAAUACGUUCUGCCAGCAGCCCCACUAUCUGGAGGGGAGCAAGCUGAAUGUCCACAUAAUGGAUUGUCCGCCGUUCAGCUUCCCGGAAAAUGACGUUAAACUCAUCACCGUUAAGUUCCACAGUCCAUUCAUUACUGACGAUGAAAUCCGAAAUGAGCUCAGCACUGCGAUACACGUAAUUUGCGAUAUGCGAUUUGAUGCGUUUGAUGACCGUGCCAACUAUGUGGCACGAUAUAAAGUAACCAAAAACAAAUAUGCUGCAUUUGAGGCCCUUCUCGAGAAACAAUAUAUCAACGAUGAAGCGGUCAAAAUUGUCCAUGGUUACGAUCCAACACCACCAAAUGACAAAGAAGCUCGUGAGAGGCAAUCUAUCACCAAUUCAGCACAUCGACAGCAGAAGGAGAAAUAUCUCAGCUAUGUCAGCUACAACGAGAAUGUCAGGGAAGACAUGGAAAUGCGUUCCAAGCCCAGCAAAGAAGCGGACAUUCCUUUCAAAUCGUUUUACAACGAUAAUUCCAUACAAAUCAACAACGUUUCGCUGGACACCUCGCUGGAGAACAUUCGGGAUCUCUUCCUGAAGUGUGGCGACAUCGUUGACUACCGAGCGUUGAUCCUCGAGGAAGACUCCAGCAAGAUUUGCUUCGUGAAAUUCAAGACAGACCUGUCGGCGGAUUUGGCCUGCACCUACAACCAACGGAUGUUCGACGGCAAGCGGAUUCUGGUGCACUUGGCGAGGGAAACGCUGGUGGCCGAACGGGAACGGUCGGUUCUGCUGGAGCGGUUGAAUCCUGUGUCGACCACGGAGGACAUCUACGAUGCCUUCUCGCAGAUCGGUACGAUUAAGUACGUCCAAAAGCAGUCGCCAUUCACAGCGAUCGUCUGCUUCAAGGACAAGGACAGCAUGCUCGAGGCAGUCAAUGUCACCUCCAUUGUCAAAUCGGAACAAUUUAUUGUCAAUCCAUGCUACGAAGAAUACGACCCGCGGUUGUUCAACAAUUUCUCCUGCCAGGAAGAGCACAUCCCGAUCGAACACAUGAGAAACGCGCUCAGGCCUCGUAUCCUGCCGGAAUUCCACCAGCUGGAAAUCGACCGUCAGGUGUUUGAAUUGCUGCCCGAGGACAUCAAAACCCGCCUUAUCAACGAAGUAUUCCUGGCCCGUGAAAAAAUCCCAAACUUCAACAUGCUACCGAAGCACCAACAAAUUAACGUCAUGAAAACCAGGUAUCCUGAAUUCACGCAGAAGGAACACUUCCUUCGGUUGACACUGCGCGAACAGGAGAAGCUGUUAGAUGUUACCAGCAAACUUCAGCAGGAGUAUCCCUACGAGGAAGUCAGAGACACAGAUGUGCUUCCCCCGGCUUCCAAGCAGUCACGGAUGGAGAAUAAUGCUCAGAGAAAAGCAGACCAAGCCUUCGCGGCCAAUUGGUAUUCUGGUCCCUCACAAGAACCUGUACCAAUGCCGGUUCCGCACCCAGAUGACGUUAUGCCACCGCAGCUUGGAAAUGAACUUCGAGUCCCACCCCCCAACGCCAACCACGUAGCUCAAGCACUUCCCACGUCUGGUCUGCUUGGCUUCCCUGGAAACAAUGUACCUCCGAUAGGGAUGCUUCCGCCAAGUAACAUGCCCAUGUACCCACCGGGAGGCUUCGGUCCUAACAGGUUCCCAAUGUUCCGAGGGGGAGAUGGUAUUCUAGGACCACGGCCUUCAUUCAAUCCGAUGCCUAUCAUGGGCAGAAUGCCGGGCCCAUCUGCUGGUGGUCCCAGUCCGUGGUUGCAACAGAGGAGGGCGGACAUGGCGUACAAUGCUGGACCCUGUCCACCCGUUCCUGGACCGGGACCGAUGGGUUUCCAACGCCCCCCUUACUUCAAUUGAGGUAAGUUCGGUGAAGAUCAGUUUGAAGAUUUUCUACGAGACCGUCAUAGACUGUGAGUGUGCGUAGUAAAGAGACGAGAUGAAAUUAUGUA